AUGGCAAGCGGAUCAGGAGAAUGGUAAGAAUAUAUGUUUUAAUUCGCGAAAUUAUUUGCAUUUCAAUACGUUCAUUGUAAAUGCCAUAUUGAAUGCUUGCCCCAUGCUGUUUUAUUUUCGUUUAGCAGUUCUAAAAGCUGUUCUAAAAGUAGAAAAUGCAGCAAAGAAAACUCACAUGUGGGAAAAUGUGACAGUAAAAGAGAUCACACACCAUUCUGGCAGAAAUCGGUGUUCUUUAAGCUGAAAAAUCAACAAGGAGAAUUAUCCUCUAACUUGCAUGACAUCGAGUUAAAAAAAGCCAAAAUUGACCUUGCCGAAGCAAAACUUCAAGAAAAGCAGGACAAAGUCAGUUUGUUGGUUGCCGUGGCAGAAGAUAAAGUAGCUGCUGCGAGUAUGUAUAAUUUAUUCUUACUAUAUGUCUGUAAAUGAUAUGUUGAAUGUCAAUAAUAUAAGGAAGGUUCAUUAAAUUUGCCUCAAAGCUUGUAGUGGCGCUUUAGGCCAUAUCUGUAUAAAAUAGAUACCCAAGGUACGUAUUUUUCUGUGGCAUUCAUAGAGUUCAGGCUAAUAAUGCUGCAAUAUACAAAAGUACAUUUUAUUGCUUGUUUGCGGUUUGUAUAAGUGUAUACUAAACUGUGAAAUAUUUUACCAUUUCUAAAAAACCAUGCCAUGUAUUUAAAUUUGUUUUUAAAUUUUUUCAGCAUUGCACCCUGAUGCGCCCUACUUUAUUUAACUCUGUCUAAUGCCAGAUGAUUUUACUCAUCAAGGGGAGAGCUCUAGUACUUAAUAGGCUAAAAUGCAGUUUAACAUGAGUCAAAGCAAUUUGUCUUAAGCCUGGUUUCCAUCUGAUGCCAACAGUCGGUAGGUUCCAUUGCCUGUGAUACUCAUGAGUAAAAUCAUUUGUGUAUCUGCAAUAAUUUUCUCCUUCAAUUAUUAUCGACAUUAAGUCGGCGGUUGGUUGGCAUCAUAUGGAAACCAGGCUUUAUGCAUGGCAUGUGUACACUUCGAACAUUUGCUCGGCCAGGUUUUUUCUUUGCUUCUUAACUUAUUAAUCAGAUGAGCCAAACAGCUAGAACAAAACUAUGCCAAGUGUGUGGGUGAAUUGCUGAGCCUUGGAUGGCUAACACUGUGCAUAUAUAACUAGACAUUCCUCCCUUUUCCUAACAAUUCUAUUCCAUAACAUGGAUUUUGGCCCAGUGUGUCUGUACACCAGUUAAACAUUACCUCGAAAUGGUGUAGUAUUACCUGUGUGACUGGUACUGGAUUAAAGUGCCAUAAUGUAAACAAAAACUUGAAUCCAGUACAAAGUAACUCCAUUCUUUUUACAGAAUGUGAUCUGGAGAAAUACAUCACAGAAAAAGAAGUUGCCGAACAAAAGGUCAUGGAAGAACAACAAAAACUAAGUACGAUAAACAAACAGUAUGAUAAACUGAAAACCCUAUUUGAGUGCAAAGACCAAUCCCAAACACGCUGA